UUUACUGAUUUCACUUCUAAAAAAUAUCGUGAUUAUAGUUUUUGGGCGGUGUUGCUUUUCUUAGGCCGAACAAUUGUUGACGCCGCCUCAUUAAAACCAGAUCGUACUCUACGUCGCCGGACCAUUGCUCGCUGCCGCCGGUGCUCUUCUUCUCCUUAUUUGCUUUACUCUGGUUUAAAUCACAUGCUAAAUGAUCUUUGAUUCAAGUCUAAAUAGCAAACGGAGAAGACUGACGAUUACUGAAUCAAUGGAUGCGGAUUUAGCUAUGGCUAAGUUAAAAGCUGCGAAGGAAAAAUAUGGAAGGGAAAUCCGUGUAUUUGAGACGGUAACAACAUCUCAAGAACCAUCAGAAGUAGCAAAAAAUGAGGAAACUGAUGAGUUUUAUGAGUUUACUCCAGAGGAUUACUACCGCCUCAUGUCGACCAAGAAAGAAGACAAGUACUUAAAGACGAGAAAAAUACGAGAAGCCGAGGCGGCAGCACGCAGGUCAAGAUUUACCAAAGCUGUUAUUAGGAUUCGGUUUCCUGAUGGUUACACAUUGGAGGGUACAUUUCACCCUUCAGAGUCACUACAGAGCAUAUUUGAUCUUCUGAAGAAAGUGCUCGCUAGACCGGAACUUCCUCAUUACCUAUAUACUACUCCACCAAAGAAGCUGGUUAAGGACACGAGUCAAGAUUUCUUUGCUGCUGGUUUUAUCCCGGGUGCAAUUGUGCAUUUUUCAUAUGACAUGCCGAAAGAUGCUGCUGCUGAUUCUGUUCCCUAUCUUCUUGAAGAUGUCAUUUCUUUGAAGGGCUUGGAUCAUAUACCUGAAGCAAAGACAGAACCCACCGAGUCUACCUCCCAAAGUAUAACAAAUGAUCCGCCUGUUGUGACCGAGCAGCGCAAACCAGUCGACAAAAAGGCAGCCAAGCCAAAGUGGUUAAAAAUGUGAUUUGAGUGUGUUGUGUUGCUAUCUUUAGCCUCUAUGCUGGUUUCAACUUGUUUCACUUUGGUUCAUUUGUGAAAUGUAAUUAUGGGCUUGAUUUCAGAGGUUCAAACUUUCAGCUGUCUAUUACAUUACCUCUGAUUAACCAUCUUAGUAACUACAAAAAUUUUAUUAUCUCAAUCGUUGUGCUUUCACUUCGCCAUUUAUAAA